AUGCAGCAGUUCGCCCAGCAGCAGCAGCAGCAGCAGCAGCAGCAGCAGCAGCAGCAGCAGCAGCAGCAGCAGGAGGUGCUUCGGGUGGUUUCUUUUAAUAUUCUUGCGGAGGGUUAUGCGCAAACAGCAAAAGCAGAAGAAGUUCUUUACCCGAAGUGCCCCGCGCCUAUGAGGAGAUUCAACCACAGGGCGCCGCUGCUGGGACGAGAGCUGCUGCAGCUGAACGCCGACAUCCUUUGCCUGCAGGAAUGCUCGUUUGAGUGCUUCCAUAGCUGGCUGCUGCUGCUGCUGGGUGCUCACAAGUAUGAGGGCUUCUUGGCCCUGAAGCACAGCAGCAGCAGCAGCAGCAACAGCAGCAGCAGCAGCAGCAGCAACAGCAGCAGCAGCAGCAGCAGCAGCCACAGGGUGAAAGAAGGCACUGCAAUAUUUUUCAAAAAGGAAAAAUUUGAUUUGGUUAAAGCGCAAACCCUCACACUCUCCGCCGAGCUAGCCGAAAACGAGGCGUUCGCGGAUUUGAGAAAAGCCCUCGACAGCAAAUGGCCCCAAGUGCUGGGCUCAAUAAUGCCGCGGCUGGGCAGCGGGCUGCAGCUGCUUUGCCUCCGCAGCAAAAAAAAUAAAAAACUUUUUGCUGUUGGAAAUACUCAUCUUUUUUUCCAUCCCCGAGCCAGC